AUGACGCGUCAAGUUCUAACCAGGGUGAACCAGUGGUUAACUAAUAAUCUCCGAGGAGUACGUGGGCAAGUCCGGUCGGCAUAUAAGAUCGAAAAGGUACUUCAGGAAGAAGAAUUUCCUCCACGCCGCGUUUAUCUUGCUACCGCCAACAACCACAAGUUUAUAUUGAAAUAUAUCCACGAGAUUAACUACGAUGACCUCCAAGAUAUUAAUAAUAAGCUACGCGAUGGGGGAGACCACGUGCGUCUCGCCCAGGACACUAUUCCUGAGCAGUCAAUGUUUGUUUUCGAAUACUUCACCGAUCAUCUCCUACACCUCGCUCAGAAGGACCUGCCGACUGAAACAAGGAAAAAGAUUCUCAAAGAUGCGCUUCAAGGGAUUGCAGAACUUCAUGACCAUGAUAUUGUCCACACAGACAUCAAGGCAGACAACAUUUUCAUCGACUGGAAAAGUGGCCAAAAUGGAAUCACUAUCAACCGAGUUCAGCUUGGGGACCUCGAAGACGCCGCGUACAUCCCUCCUGGUUCACAUAUGAUCGGAAAACAAGCAGGUAACUGGAUGUGGAGGAGUCCUGAAGCCCACGCCAGUGGUCCUGUGAAUAAGCCGUCUGAUAUUUUCUCCUUCGCUCUUGUUUGCAUUUACGCGAUGCACCGGCGCGUCAUUUUCGCCGUGGGUGACGAUGAAUUAGAAGAUGGUGUGGACCGUCUAGCCAUUGUCAUUGAGCGUCAAAUAUCCUAUUUUGCAGACCUAGACGGAUUAGAUGGGCUCUUCAAAUAUCUCGGCGACAACCCUUGGGUACGCAUUUUUGAGGUCACGAGGGAUGGCUUUAACAAAGAAAAUCCGCGCAGGCCUUUUACAUUGUGGAAAGACGCGGACGAAGAUUUUAAGAGUCUUAUGUCCGCCAUGACGAAUUUCGAUCCUGAAAAAAGAAUCACUGCCCGCGAGGCGUUGAAACAUAAGUGGUUUGAAGGUAUUUAAGUAGUCGUGGAGACUCGGUUAGAGAGGGCCAAUGAGAUGGUUGAUAUUUACAGUCAAUCAUGUUUUGUAGACGCGGCUCCCAUCCAUAACUAGUGGUCAUGGAAGGAGUUUGUCACUUGGUCGAUUAGGCUGUGAAAAUUAUGCCCGCGACAACGGAGAAUAUUUACAUCGUAUGCGACAUUUUAGCAAUUUCUCCACGCCCGAUUUUUAAAACUGGCCCUACAUGCUCGAUUACUGCGACGAUUUAUUUGUAUACGUGUCAUAUCUGACUUCGUAAGGAACUGCAAUACCGAGCUGUCCUUUGCCGGGAGAGAGCUUCUCGAUUUACUCUUCAACCAUCGUAUCCAAUGUCAUUGAGCGGUAUGCCAGCUGAUAUCCGCUCCUGGACUUAC